AUGACCUUCAGUCCUUUCUUCUGGCUCUACGCCAUUCUGCAAUGGGUUCUCGACAAGAUAUUUUCGCCAAACCCACCACCUCCUGAUGUGCACCUCCGUCGUCCUAAAAUUGCAGUGAUCGGUGCUGGUCUCACUGGUGUCUCUGCAGCAGCCCACUGUGUUGGCCACGGUUUUGAGGUGACUAUAUUUGAGGCCGAAGAUCAAAACCACGUCGGCGGAAUCUGGACACAAGUGAAUACAACUUCUGGCCUCCAAAUCCACAGUAUCAUGUACCGGUUCCAUCCCUCUGUUCAAUGGACCAGAGGUUACCCAGAGCAACACCAGAUCGUCGAUCAAGUCCACCAAUUGUGGCACCGAUACGAACUCGAUCAGAGAACGGUGUUCAAUACAAAAGUCGAGAAGGUCUACAAGGAUCAGCAAGGCCGGUGGAUCAUCAACAACCCUUCGAAUGGCCGGUUUGAUGGUAUCAUACCGGCAAUUGGGACCUGUGGGGCUCCGAAAAUGGCGCAUUUGCCAGGCCAAGAGACCUUCAAGGGGGACAUUUUCCAUUCUUCAGCCUUGGACGGUAAAGAUGCAAAGGGCAAGAGGAUCCUCAUCGUUGGAGGUGGCGCCAGUGCGGUUGAGGCAUUAGAGUGGGCUGUUAACACGGGAGCUGCAGAAAUUAAGGUGCUGGCAAGAUCCGACAAAUGGAUUAUUCCCAGAAACGCUCUGGUGGAUGCACUUCUUGCCUUCAACGUAUUCGGUCAAGAGACCCUACUGUCAUGGAUUCCUGAGAAUCUCCUACGCAUAUUUUUCUACCGCGACCUCAGAGAUAUAGCGCCGGCAGAUCAGGGCCUAUUCACGGAGACCCCCAUGGUCAACUCGGACAUCUUCAAGCAAAUACGUGCCGGGAAAGCAGCUUGGCUCCGGGGAGAUAUGGAGGAGGUGCGCGAAAACGGUAUCUUCUUCAACCACCGCGCUAAGGGUGUACCCAAAGGAGGCCCCGGGCGGCACAAGCUGGUCGAGGGGGAUAUGAUCAUCAUGGCGACCGGUUACAAACGUCCAAGCCUCGACUUUUUGCCCGACGACGUUUUUGCCGAUGGCUAUCAGCCCCCGCGAUGGUUUCUCCAGUGCUUUCCUCCGGCAGCGCCUUCAAUUUGCGCAAUCAAUUCGACCUACGUAUCGGCCAUCGGAACCGUUGGCAAUUACCAUAUUGGGAUCUACACCCGGAUGCUCUUGACGUUCCUGAUCGACCCUCUGACGACUCCUCGAACUUGGUGGAUGGAGCGAUGGGUGGACUUUACCAGUGCGAUAAAAUCGUUGGCUCCAACAAAAAGCCUUUGA